CCCCCGCGGGCAGUAGACCACCGCUCUGUCCCCGGGCUGGUUAGUGCGGAUCACUCCAGCCCUGCCGGAGCUCCUCGGACCCCGUGUUCAAUGCCCGGAGGACCCAGCGCCCCGCGUCCGGAGGAUACCCCGGCCGACCGCUGAUGGGGCCACCAGAGGCGCCCCUUUCCUUCAGACCCAGCGCCGAGCGGACCAUGCCAUGAUGAUCCUCCUUCCUCUGCUGUUACUGCUGAGCUCCCUGGGCUCGGUGUCGCCGGUGUCCCCGCCGGUGUCCCCGGGGUACGGGAGGACUGAGGGAGCCCCGUGUUCCCGGGGCCCUGCGUGCGACCCCCGGCGGCGGCGGGAUGCGGGGGGGCGCGGCGGCGUGUACGAGCACCUCGGGGGAGCGCCGCGGCGCAGGAAACUUUACUGCGCGACCAAAUACCAUCUGCAGGUCCACCCGUCCGGGAGGGUCGACGGGUCACUGGAGGAGAACCACCAGCUUAGCAUCAUGGAGAUCACCGCGGUGGACGUGGGCGUUGUGGCCAUCAAAGGGAUCUUCUCGGGUCGGUACCUGGCCAUGAACGACAAAGGGCGUCUGUACGCCUCGGAGGUGUUCAACAGGGAGUGUGAGUUCAUCGAGCGGAUCCACGAGCUGGGCUACAACACGUACGCGUCGCGCCACCACUCAACGGAGCAGCCGGCGGCGCCGGGGCCCUCGGGGGCCCGGCGCCGGGCCAGCGCCAAGCGGCAGUGGUACGUGUCCAUCAACGGGAAGGGCCGACCGCGGCGGGGCUUCAAGACCCGCAGCACGGACAAGGCCUCCCUGUUCCUGCCCCGCGUCCUCGGCAACAAGGACCACGAGAUGGUGCGGCGUCUGCUGAGGGAGCGCCAGGGGCCCUCCAGGGGCCCCCGCCACCCCGCCCACCGUGGCGGACGCACGGACCGCAGGAGGCGUCGGCACCGGGGCGGGAAGGGCCGCGGCCGGGGGGAGGAGCACUGAGGUCCGGAGGCUGCGAUUGGCUGAGUCUGCGGCGUCUGACCCCAGACGAUUGGCCCACCGAGAGACCUAAGACGGAGGCGUCCUGUCGGGGGUGGGAGCUCGGUAACGAGGCUGAGGAACCGGGCUGACAGACCGUCGGCUGAGACCAGAUCAGACGUUCCCCCAGACCGGGCCGCGGUCCUCCAGACCGGGCCGCGGUCCUCCAGACCGGGCCGCGGUCCCCCAGACCGGGGCGCGGUCCUCCAGACCGGGCCGCGGUCCUCCAGACCGGGCCGCGGUCCCCCAGACC